CAGAUAAAUCAGCUGACCACUUAACAUUAAUUCUAAAUGAAUGAAAGCCCCUGUUGGGAGUGAAAGGCCCUGACUGGUGCCCGGAACUAGGGAAAGGGGGGCAAGUGGUCAUCUGAUGUACUCAUAACCACACCUUAAGAGACGUGUGUCCAAAAAUCACAACGUCAGCGGUGAUUUGAGUACCAAUCCCUAUUUUACUUUGUGUCCUUUGAUGGACAAAGUAAAAAUCACUACAUAAUUGGCGUCCCUGGGUGGGCUAACUUAGAUUGAAAUGAGCCUUCUGUUUUAUCAACACAAGUCAAUACACUGAAAGAUAUCAAACGAAGUAACUUUAGCAGGAAACAAAGUCUUUCACCAACUCAGAAACCAAUUGCAUAGCAAGAGUGGUUCCCUCUAAGCCUGAUUGAUAGUUUCCCGGCUAGACUCUUUGGUACUAUUUAUGAAUAGGAUUGGUUGCAAAGUGUAUAGAAUUGUGAUUUUAUUGUGGCAUAGAGCUUGCAUUAUUUUAGCACACGUUGUAAUUGUUGAUUAUAACUAAUUGCUACUAGAAACAUAGCAUAUGGUGUUCACCUUGUAAGUCUAUCAUACGGUUUUAGAAUUUUUAUGUGAACCUGUCAGGUAAGGGUAGUGCCCUCUGACAAAUAAGAGACAAGUGCUAGAAUUCUCACCCCCUAGUGUGUGUGACAUUCAUUGUCUAGAGUGGCUUAGAGCUGCUUACACUUGUGGUAAACUUUAAGAGUUUAGCUACUUCAGGUGGUGUAUUUAUUUAUUAUAUAUACAAGUAUAUUUAAUAAAUAAAGAUGGCUGAUAUGACCGCUGAAGCAGUAAGCCAGGCCUUAAAGGGCGCUUCACUUAUAAAGCUUCUUUCCAGCCUAGCACUAAAUUGGCCUGUACAACCAAACCAGGCCACAGACAAAAUAUCCCUUGCCCAAGAACAGAACAAAGAUUUGUUCCAGGAACUCAAAAAUGAGCUGGCUGAUCUGCGUAGGGAUAAUUUGAAAUUAAGGGCUAAAAUAUGUAGAUUGUCAUCCGAGACAAAAAGCUUACAGUCCAUUACUGACAGUCAGGAAGUCGAACUUAAAAAAGUCAAAACUGACAUGGGCACUCUGCAAACAGAGUUAACCCAUACUCGAAAUGACCUGCUGGUACAGACAGAGAAGUUAAAUUCUCUAAGCUCUAGUGAGACUAGGACUAAAGCUGAGUUACGUUCAGCUUUGCUUGAAAUUUCUGAGCUGAAAAAGCAACAAGAAAUAGAAAAUGAAACUUGUGUUCUGUUCAAACAACAGCUUCCCGACUCAAAUGGUACCCAAAUCCAGCAUAGGGAACACUUGGGUAGAGUAGGAGCUGAGACUACAGCUAAAACAUCAAUGUUGGUAAACAAAGAUAGCAUUGCAAGGCAGAGAUGUGAAGGAAUAGGAACAAGGAUCAGGGAAGUGGAGAAAGGCAGGCGUCUCCCCCACCAGCAACCUGAACCACAAAGUGUGCACCCCCACUCCUUUGGUUCAACUGUUAGGGACACACUGUUUUAUGGCUUUGAGCAGAGAAAGCAUGAUCAGGACAGUGAUGUCACAGCCUCAAGCAGCCUAACUGUGAGGGACUCUCCUAAAACGGUCCACUCCUUACCUGAGUUUCCUAGCAUGCUACCAUCUAGCAACAGACUGCAAAUUCUUAGAGAAUUAGCACGUGACAUAGAGGUUUUUAACCCUAAGACCACCGAUAACAACAUAGAGUUGUAUUUAAAGGAUGUAAACGCAGCCUUGACAUACUUUCCUGAGGCUAGCAUGGCUGACAAAGUCUUUCUUCUGAGAAAGACCACAGCCCAGAUUGUCCAUGGCUUCAUGGAUAGACAAAGCCCAGCUAUCGCUAACAAUUAUGACAAAUUGUGUAAAGCCCUUCUGGUAGAGUAUACUCUGUAUCAGAACCCAUCUGCCUCUCGCCUCUCAGCUUUCCGAAUUAAGCAAGGCCGCCAUGAGUCUCCCAGAGAGUACUAUGAGCGAUUGAGGAAAAUGUAUUUUGCUGGCAAAGAUGACACUGGGGCAGAAGAGGAUGUAAUGUUUAAGAGCCUGUUUGUAAGUAACCUUUACCCCACUGUUAGGAAACCACUCAUACUCAUGGUAGAUGUUGAAAACAUGUCCGCAGGAGAACUGAGGCAGCCCGCCAUGCGAGCCUGGGACAGUAUAGGCACAGACAGGGAAGACAGAGAGCCAUUUGCUUCUGUGCAUGAAUCUAGACAUGACUCUAAAACUCCCAUUCAAAUGGAGUCAGAACUUCCCCAAAACAGCUAUGCCCAUUGCAGCAAUCUCCAGCAGAGCACAGAGAGCCCAAGGUUCUCAGGUUACAGGGGACGUAACAAUCACAGGUAUGCCCCCAGAAAUGAGAGCAGGCAGUGGGAUGACAGAGGGCAAAGACAGAAGAAGGAUAGAGAUAACUCUGAGAAUGGCCAAAAACAGAGUAGUCAUAAUAGAUGUAGGAAAUCUAGAGGGACCAAAAGUAAGGAUGCUGAGAACUUAGCAGAGAUCCAGCACAUACUUCUCAAAGCCCUCAAAGACCUUAAGUCAGAGGAGUACAUCUCCACUGACAGGGACCUGGUUUUCUCAGCAUAACCAGUUUGGGGCCCCUCCACCUAACAUCUCAGACUGUGGACAACAGCCAGGGAAAGGGGGGUAGCCCAUAACUGAACAGGGUCUUUCAGAUUCUGCAGACAUCAAGCCCCUGUAACGUUUAGACCUCAACUUCAGCCUAAGAAGGAUUCAUUACUUUCCACUUCAUGUUCGCUUCAGACUUUUCAGUCAAUUUCUAUAAACCACAAGGUUUAUUUUGCAUGCCCAUGACAAUCACUUUGGAUGUCAGGAAAGGGGGGUCAAAGCCUCCUGUGAAAUUCCCAUUCAGCUAGUUUACUGGCCACAUGUAGAGUAUUGCAGAUCACAGCCAGGGUUGUUUAUUUUGUUCUCCAUUCCAGUCAUUCAAACUUCCUUAUAGGAGACCUCCAAAAUAAGAUAUAGUGGAUUGGACAUGUGGUGCAGCCCUCCAGAGGAGGCUGCAGAAUUUAGGCAGAACACUUAAAUUCCCAACCCCCACUGCUGGUCAACAUACAGCCCCUUGAGCUACACCAUCUAGGGUAGCCCAGAUAAUGGAUGUCACACAAUAUGACUACUCCCAUUAAUUUGUCUGUAUAUUAGGGCAAUUGUUACUUGUGAGCUUUGCUCCUGAUAAGGUGACAAUAGAUACAGUCUUGUCAUUUGUGGUACCAGGUGAACUAGUUGAGGAUUCUUGUAAUCAGGCAAUGCAAGGAACUAUUCAUACAUAGCAGGUGCACUUAGCUUACAGCUUGAAAAGUGCCAUACCAAAUUAUGUCAAUCCAGACAUUUAAAGAACUGGUUUCCUGCUAAAUCUGCUUACACAUUUUUUUUUAUGUUUACUCUCACUCGUAAUACUCUUUAGAGAUUUAAUCCACACAUAGGUACCUUCUCUAGAAUGCUUCUAACCUGUUUAGAAAUUAUUCUAACAGACAUUUCAUUUAGCUCAUUGAACUCUAUGUAGAACAUAUUGAGCCAAAUUUUAUUUCCAAUGCCAUUGGUCAGACGGAGGAGGUGAGGUGUGUGUGUUUUGUUCCCACUGUUCCUUUUCAGUGCAUCGCCCCAGAUCAACGACUUCAGGUCCUCGAUCAAGCCGAUCAGGGGGGAUGUAGUGAAUUCCAGGGCACAGUUUACGGCCGGGCCCCUCUCUCUCCGUAACAGUGGACAAAGGUUUGCUACAUUUUGAUUGGAUCUUGGUGGACUAACACAAACAAACUGUCCAACGCCAUCAGAUAAAGAUGGAAGGACAACAUCCAGACCUCUCUUAGAGGGUAAGAAGAAAACCUCUUGUACCAAGCCUGGGAAGGACAAGGCUUCUCAUUGGUCCACAGGCAGUUACUGCCCUUCACCAUCUAGACGCUACUUCCUAAGGUUAGCCAGAGACUGCCAUAAAAAUUCCUCGGGACCUUAGCAGGAAUGGGUGAAACAGAGAGAUCACAAAGAUCCAUCCAAAUCCAUUCAAAACUAUGUUGAGCUUAGAACUUAGAACUGAUGGAAACUACACAUCCAUUUCAUACUUAUUCACAGAAAUAAGUAUUCUCAGUGACAGCUAUUUGUAGUGCAACAUCUGAUACAA